AUGGGUGUGUACUGGGAGAACGGCGCUACGGCUUUGAACAAAACACAGUUGAACAACAUAGCCAGGAGAAUCACACAGAUCCGUGUGAAAAUCGACAGAAUCACCUUUGGGAUGGCGAACACCAGUCUUUCCCUCCAGUCUAUGGCGAACACAGGGUUUCCACGUGUGAUUCCGGUUAGCACUACACAAACUACACAAACAGGUAUCCGACUCGUGGGUGGACAAUCGUCCAUCAGGGGAGGCAGGGUUGAAGUGUACCAUGACGGACAGUUGGGGACCGUCUGUGACGACGGUUUUGACAUAAACGACGCCCACGUGGUCUGCCGUCAGCUGGGAUACCUCAUUGCUGCCGAGGCCCGAUCUCAAGCAGCCUUCGGGGCGGGGACAGGCCCGAUCUGGCUGGACAACUUGGCCUGCGGGGGUUCCGAGACAAACAUCGGGGACUGCAGCCACAACGGAUGGGGCACACAUAACUGCGGGCACAGUGAGGACGCUGGUGUCGUCUGCACGGACGACAUGAGACUCGUGGGUGGACGUUCGUCCAGCGAGGGCAGGGUUGAAGUGUACCAUGGCGGACAGUGGGGGACCGUCUGUGACGACGAUUUUGACCUGAACGACGCCCACGUGGUCUGCCGUCGGCUAGGGUACGAAGGCGCUGCCGAGGCCCGAUCUCAAGCUGACUUUGGGGCGGGAUCAGACCCGAUCUGGCUGGACAAUUUGGCCUGCGAGGGUUCCGAGACAACCAUCGGUGACUGCAGCCAUAACGGUUGGGGCUCACAUAACUGUCAGCACAAUGAGGACGCUGCUGAAAAAUACCAGACUCCCUCUCGCAUGACACAGAGCUCCAACAAACUGACAAAGAGUACCUGGAACAAUGGUUCCAAGACACAACAGGCUUUAGCCUUAGCAGACAGACAGCGACGGUGA